UUAUAAAUUCAGCACUUAGAAUGGAUGUAGCGAAGAGAAGACUGCAGAUAAACAGGCAAAACUUAUGUAGGAGGAUUUGUUUCAUAGUAGUAAGGCUAGGUGGUGCCACUGCGGAUCUGUACAAAAAUCCGUGCAGCCGCACCACCUGCACAGAGAAAUGCAGACCCGCGGGUGAGUGUCAUUAGUUCUAACGCCACGCCGCCCGCACUGGAAAAUGCAACUGUACUGGGAACCGAGGUUCCCGCGUGGGCUGCGUUUUCAGAAGAAGUGCAGGGACUUCGUCUCUGUGUGUCAUGGGGCACGGGAGUCCAUUCAAAUGAAGGGGCUCU